AUGUCACCUCACGCACCUUCCCUCCAGGGAGCCAAUCCUUCCUCUUCAAGCGACGUCCUUCGUGGCGCUUUUGCUUUCGAAUCCGCUAUCACAGUCGCUGCCGGCUCUUACUUUCUGUUUUUUCCGCGUCAUUACCUGGGCCGAAUGUUGGGUACUACUGCUACUCAAAUAACGACAACGGCAUUACAGAUGACUCAGCAAUGGGGUGCUGCCAAUAUCUUCGUCGGUGGCGCAGUCGGUCUCUACGUGUCCAACAGCAGAGUUGCAGUCGAAUCGCGCAAGAUGGUGUAUCGUUACAUACUGGGCUGGGAAUUGUUGUUUGUGCCAAUGGUGGUAUGCCAGGCGCUUAUGAUGGAGGGAGGCAUCCCGAGAAGCUCGUUGCUAGCUACAGCUGGGCAAAUCAUGCCAUUCAUAGCAUGGAGAACUUUUGCACUCCUCUGCAAGCCCGAAUGGUUUGGAAGCUAUCAAAAGAGGAAGAAGGCGGAGUAG